AAUAUAGUCCCCCCCCCCUCCAAAGAGAGAACGUGUGCUGACUCUCACGGAUAUGCAUCUUCUCUCGUGUGUUUUUAGCCACAAUUGGAUUGGAAUAUGGUUAUGAAUUGAACAUCAAAAUGGGCUGAUUUGUUCACUUCAAGUCAAUCUCUUGUCUUUCCGGUGAAAAAGAACUUGUGCAGUUUCCGUACGCUGGUACUGGUACAAGUGGGAUUUCUUUUUCUUUUUUUACAAAUCAAGAUGGCGACGUACUUUCAUGGAAGCUCGGAAUUCCAAACUGCUUCAGCUACUACACCUGAUGGGAUGCAAACGCUCUUUCUUAUGAACCCCAACUACGUUCCUUACUCCGAUACACACCAACCAGCCGCGGCCGCCCCUAACGUGUUCUUCUUAAACCCCACAAGUUUACCCCAAGCGCCACCGCCUAGCAACCAACAGCGCUUCCUCGGUCUUCCUCUCCCGACACUACCAUCGGCUUCCAUAAGGCCGGUAAAUUCCGAUGAUCCCAACCGUUCAUCGCCUCUUCACGGUAUAGUCCCCAGUUUCCACUCCAAUUUAUGGGGCACUUUGAGCCUUGAUCAUCAGAAUUCUCCAACAGGAAGUACUAGUUAUCCUCAGGUCGUGUCGGCAGCAGCAGAUCAUAAUAACUCGGGUGGGUCCCAAGACGUCGUCUCGUCGCAGACGGGGUUUCGUCGGCCGGUGGUGUCGCCGAGGCAACGUUUGUCACUGAGUUUAUCAUCCCAACAAGCGGCUUAUAAUAGGUCGAGCAAUAAUGUCGAAACAGAUAUACAAGGACAACAACAACCUCAAGUCCCAACCAUGUCACUGGCCGACGACGUGAGGAUAAUGGGGAACUCACCGUCGUCGGUUUCCGUGGUUUCAAACGGGAUUUCCUGGGCUCAGAGUGUGGUAUUGGGAUCAAGGUACUUGAGAGCAGCGCAAGAGCUUCUUGAUGAAGUGGUUAAUGUGGGGAAAGGGAAAAAGACUGACGUGUCUGAGGGGACCAGGGAGAAGAUAAAGAUGAACAAAGAAUCAGUGGCUGCUGAAGCUUCAAGUGCUGCUGAAGAUGGAACCAAAUGUGGAGCUGAGCUCACCACAUCACAAAGACAGGAGCUUCAGAUGAAGAAAGCAAAGCAAAUCAACAUGCUCGAUGAGGUGGAGCAAAGAUACAGGCAGUACCAUCAUCAAAUGCAAAUAGUGGUUUCAUCGUUCGAGCAGGCGGCCGGAUUCGGUGCUGCGAAAGCGUACACUGCCGUUGCUUUGAAGACGAUCUCGAAGCAGUUCCGAUGUCUUAAAGAUGCGAUAUCCGGACAAAUCAAAGCGACGAGCAAGAUAUUAGGGGAAGAGGAUUGCUUGGGUGCAAAAGUGGAGGGAUCGAGGUUGCGAUACGUGGAUCAUCAGCUCCGGCAACAGCGAGCGUUGCAGCAGCUGGGAAUGGUCCAACACAAUGCUUGGAGACCCCAAAGAGGAUUACCCGAACGAGCAGUUUCCGUCCUUCGUGCUUGGCUUUUCGAGCAUUUUCUUCAUCCCUAUCCUAAAGAUUCAGACAAACAUAUGCUUGCCAAACAAACAGGGCUUACAAGAAGCCAGGUGUCAAACUGGUUCAUAAAUGCUCGAGUUCGGCUAUGGAAGCCAAUGGUUGAAGAAAUGUACAUGGAGGAAGUGAAGGAACAAGACAAGAAUGGCAGCGAACCAACCCCAAACGAAACUGGGCAAAAGGAGUCGGGAUCUACCUCUAGUGGCCGGCAAGAGAACGUAUCAUUCAUGAUGGAACAAGUCAAAACCCAGAAUUCCAUCAAUAUUCCCUCUACUGAUCAAUUUUCCAAUGGAGAACCCUCCUUUCUCCCACAAACACCCUUCAAUCUCAUCGGCUCCUCCGACCUCGACGGUGCAUCUCAAAGAAGCCCCAAAAAGACAAGAGGUAGUACUGUUAAUGACUUGCAGAAUUCCCCUAGCAGUAUCCUUUCAAUGAACAUGGAAAUGAAGCAGGGUGAUGAAAGGCUGCCCAAAGACAGUUACUCGUUUCCCGGCGGUGGAUUUGCCACAUACGGUGGUGCGAUGGGAGAUAUCAGGAGGUUCGAUCCGGACCAGCUGACACCGAGGUUUCAUGGGAACAGUGUUUCGCUCACCCUUGGCCUUCCCCAUUGUGAGAAUCUGUCACUCUCGGGGAACCACCACCAGAGCAUUCAGCUAGGAAGAAGGAUAGAAUUAGGGGCAGCGGAAUCUGAGUUUUGUUCAAUCAAUAACGCACAACAAGGUUCUCAUUCGACCACCUUUGAGAUGCAAAACAGGAAGAGGUUUGCUGCUCAAUUGUUACCCGAUUUUGUGGCAUGAAAAUACGAAACCCAACCUUCCCAUUACUUCGGAAGAGCAUGCAUAAAAGAAGGCCGAAGAUCAGUUUCUAUAUAUAUAUAUAUAUAUAUAUAUACAUAUGCUGCUUGCUCGACUGUAAAGGGAAGAUCGAUGGUUUAUAUAUAUAGGUAAUUCGUAUAUAUUCUUACGUAGUUUAGGCUUGAAAUAUUAAGGUUGAGCAUUAUAUCUUAUUUGAUACAAUUGAAGAUAUUUGAAACAUUUUAUUUUAUAAUAUAGAUCUUUAAAAUGGUUUAUGGGGUGUAUACCAUCCAUAUUUCAACUUACCUA